UAGAUUGCAGACGUUUCCAAAACGACAGAUUUGAAUGUAGCAGGCAUUAAGGGUAUCACCACUGUUGAAAAAUUACAUUUAUGCCCUGAUCAAAGAAAACGAGGUGCUGCGCACAAGCCAGUGCUGAACAGGACCGAUACAAGCGCCGAUGGGGGCUGCGACUGAACAGGUUACCUGAAACUGAUGGUGAGAAUAUCAGAGGGAUUUGUGCUUGUCGUUAUUGGGAAGUUUGUUCCAUAUCACUCUGCUACCCUGAACAUCGCGGUAAUAUGUUGUACACAGUCUCGGAGACGAGAGAAAGGAGAAGAACAGACAGACAGGUCAUCAUUAUGUUUGCGUUGAGCGGUUGAAGAACGUGAGAGACGAGGUUUGGAGAGCUGCGAAGCUGGCGCCAAUCUGCAGGGAGAAAGCCAUUCGCUUUGCAGAAGAAUUGAGCAAGCGCGACAGGGAUGCCGGUGCGAAGCUGUGGCCACAAGUCGACGAGGCAAGACGCAGGUGGUAAAAGCAUUCUUUCGCCAGGGGGUUGCUGUCGUUGACCGCCGCAGGGUGGAGGAACGUGACUGAUUGAUUCACGCUUUACGAGUUAAAGCCAUAUACAUUUUCAACUGACUGUUCCAAGUAUGCUAAGUGGAAUGUAACACAGCUUGCUGCGCUGCUUGCUCUGAGCUCCAUUUUCCUCUUGAUUCUGAUCUUCAGCGGUUGGUUUUCCUUUGUAUCUAGGAUCGUCAGCCUACUGACUAAGCCAUGACCCAAACCAGCAUGUCCCGUGAGGAGGCCUACUCUGCCCUGAUGAGGGGGGUAAAGGAGCUGGACCUCAACGGGCCAAACAUACCCAGCAACUUAGUACUGAUUGGCGACCAAGCCUUCCCACUGGCCAUGAACGCUUGUGGCCAGGUCCUGAUGGCUGCCUCAUUCUACGGCCGAGGCCGGGUGGUGGUGCUGGGCCACGAGGGCUACCUCACCGCCUUUCCUACCCUAGUGGAGAAUGCCCUAACCUGGCUGACAGGCUCCUCCUGUGACAGCACUACCGUCGGCGUCCACCAGAGCUGUAAGGCCGUAGCCGACAACCUCAGCCACUCCAGCCUCCAACCCAAGGUGGGGGGCUUCUGCGAGGGCCUGGGAGUGUAUGUGACAGAUGCGUACUGCGUGGGCCCAGAGGUGAAGGAGCUGGUGGGGUUCCUGAAGGUGGGGGGUGGGCUGCUGAUUGCUGGUCAGGCGUGGAGCUGGGCGGAGGAACACCCCAAACAGAACACCCUGCUGGGUUUCCCUGGGAACAAGGUGUCCAGUGUGGCUGGCAUCUACUUCUCGGAGCACCUUGGGGAGCUGGGUACUCUCCCUGUGCCUCCACAGAUCCCUUCCAACUGGCUGGCUGUGGCGAUAGGCAAGGACUUCAAGGAUGACCUGGAGUUCCUGCUGGAGGGCGUGACAGAGUUUGAUAUCCAGGGCGGGGCUAUUUUCUCAGAGUUGCUGGUACACGGCCCUCUCGCAUUCCCCAUCGGCACCACAAAGGACGGCAGGGCCUUUCUGGCCGGGGCAUACUACGGCCAGGGCCGAGUCAUCGUGAUCACUCACGAGGGAUACUUGGGCCGAGAGCAGAUGUCCCCCUUCAUGCUCAAUGCCGUGCGCUGGUUAGACGAGGGCCGUAACGGCUUGGUAGGUGUCCUGCCCCAGCUCGGCUCCGCCCACACCCUGCUGAGCAAGUCGGGCCUGCCCUGUGAGAAGAGCGGCUUCAGGAAGGAGCUUAGCGUCUACGUCUGCACCUCCUACAGCGACGCCCAGGCCGAUGAAAUCCAGGACUUUGUAGCCGAGGGUGGGGGUCUGUUGAUCGGGGGCCAUGCAUGGUACUGGGCCCAGACAAAUCCGGGCCUCAACACCAUGACAGAGUACGCAGGCAACCACAUCCUCAACAAGAUGGGCCUCAGCCUGAUGGGGAACACUCUGGACGCAGGCUGCUACAAGGCCCCAGUCCCAGGUCAGACCUGCUCCGAGGGCUUCCACUUCCGCCACCUGCUACGCCGCUUUGCCGGCCACGUGACCCAGGGCGAGACGCUGACGGAGCAUGAGGAGGCGGGUUUGAAGAAGCUUGGCAGCGACUGCGCCAAUUACCUGCACAUGCGGGCGCACGACUGUGCCUCGUACACCUCGGUGCUGGCCAUGCUCACUGACGUGCUGAAGGAGACGGGCAUCCCCCAGGUGUGCCACAGCUGCCCGGUAAUAAGCGCCAAGGACCACCUGCUGCUCAGUGUAGGCACGCAGGUGUACAAGGUGUGCCAGGACCCAGAUGCCCUACUGCCUUACCUGAUCAAGGACCAGCCCAUGAUGCCCGCCUUGUCCAAUGCCAGGGUUAGGAUCAACUGUAAUACAGCAGGAGGAGAGGAGUGGCUCAGCACUGGUCUGUUCCUUUCCCCUGGGAUGAGGACUUACAUGGCCAUGCCACCACAACUCGUCAACCAGGGCUGGAAGGUCCAGAUAGGCUGUCAGACUGACAACAUUGGGAAUUCAAACGAGCUGAGGCGAGCGCCAGUGGUUCAUGAGCGCUUCCCCAUAGACUCAGAGAUGAUGCAGGUGUGGAACCUGUGGGGCGGCCUCCUCUAUCUCAUCGCCCCUCCUAAGACCCAGGUGGAGGGGGUGGAGGUCAUCAUUCAGGGGGCUGUGCCGGCACCCUACUACAAGACUGGGGUGACCACGCCUGCAGACUGGGCAGUUCUGCGGACCGCCCCGUCCCCCUGGGCAGAGAUGGAGUUUGAAAACAUCAUCCUGACCGUCCACUCUGACGUGGUCCGAGGUCUAGAUCGGCCUGACCUGGUGGCAGCUCUCUGGGAUGACAUCAUGAGGGGGGUAGCUGACCUGGCCUCCGUCCCCGCCAAGUUCCCCCGCAAGGAGCGCUUUGUGGCCGACGUCCAGAUCUCCCAUGGCUUCAUGCAUGCAGGCUACCCUAUCAUGAUACAAUCAUCCUCCGUCCCAGACCUGAUGAACCCUGUGGCAGCCCGCAGCUCGGGCCUGUGGGGGGCAAUCCACGAGCUGGGCCACAACCAGCAGAGAGGAGUCUGGGAGUUCCCCUCACACACCACUGAGUGCACGUGUAACCUGUGGUCCGUGUACGUGCACGAGGAGGUGUUGGGGGUGAAACGGGAUCAGGCCCACCCCAACAUGGCGCUGGCCAACCGACAGAGCCGUGCCGAGGGGUACGCUAAAGGGGGCAGGAAUCUGGCCAGCUGGGACAUGUGGGUGGCACUGGAGACCUACAUGCAGCUCCAGGACCAGUUUGGCUGGGACGCCUUCAAGAAGGUGUUUGCUGCCUACCACACCAUGCAGAACGUGCCCAAUGACAACAAGGGAAAGAUGAACCUGUAUGCUGAGACCUUCUCCCUGGCGGUCAAUAGGAACCUGGCUCCCUUCUUCAAGGCCUGGGGCUGGCCCAUUGAGCCCGCUACAGAGGAAAAGCUCUCUAACAUGCCGGUGUGGAGCGACCACCCUAUGGCCCAGUAUGACUGAACAAUAGAGGAGGUCACCCCCUUAUAUUGGGGGGUCACAGGUCAGGGAUUGCUGGUGAAGGGUAGGCACCGUUUGGUGACGGGUUAAGGUAAAGGAGUGGUGACUAGGACUUUGCUGGCCUGGUGUAGAAAUGCUACUGCAAGAAUCAUGGUUGCGUCUGUUGUGCAAAGAAAUAAAUAAUUCUAUCGUUUUUUUGAAGUCGUCACAAAGGGCUUAUUCUGAAGUCUCAGGUGUUUUUGAUACUGUAGACAAAGCUAAAGAAAUCUACCUCCUGUUAUAUACUUUAUAUUAUUCAUGCUUAUUCCUAGAAGGCACAGAUAACGAAUAAUAAAAUAUGUAUCUCU